AUGGAGUACGCCAGCGGUGGAGAUCUGGACGCGUUCUUGCAGUGGCAGCAGGAAAGCACAACGGAACCAGGCUGCCGCGAACGGAACCAGGCUGCCGCGAAGAAGCGCAAGACGUCGUCGGGGGCUGUCACCACGAAGCGCACGCCGAAGACAUCACCGCGCAAGCGCAAGACACCGGUGAAGCCCAAGCCGGCGUGGACGCGCACGACUGUCAAGAUGAAGCUGCGGACGUUCUGCAAGGACGAGGGUCUAGCGCUCGCUUGGGACUCGGUGCUGAGGGACAUGAACAAGAUGGUGGCGGAGACUUACAUGCUGGCUGCCGUCCACAUGGUUCGUUGCUGCGAGCAAGGUUCCGACAUCCCCAUCUUGGCGCGUUCCUUCUACCAGCAGUGCUUGUCGGCCGUGAGCGGGGGGAACCUGCACCAUCCACUAGCGACCAUGACUGAAGAGUUCCGCGACUCGGUGGCGAUCUACAGCGCGUGGCGAGGCGAGAGCCCGAUCCCCAACAGGGACGCCAUCAAUCGUGGCUGGGCACAGGUGGCGGCCAAGCGCAUGGCCCAUGAAACCCAGAACCAUCUCCAGCUCAACUUUUACCGGCGCUUCAAACAAUACAUCACGCUCCGCUACGGGCUGGCUGGCCGCGAUCGCUACCUUGUGCUCAAGGGCAUCCUCGACCCCGAGUACGACGGAGACAACGAGAUCGUGCUGGAGUACAGAGAAUUGAUCCCCCGCAAUGAUGAAGGAUAUCUGGAUCAGCGAGCUAGCGAGCUACUCCCGCUUGUGCACAUGUUCCUCACUUUCGUGGAGGACCACAACCGCGAGCACGAAGGAGAACCGGGUUUUGAGAUGGCAAGGACUUACUCGCUGCUACCAACGAAACGGGGCUUCAAGAGGGCAGCGACUGGAACGCUGUCGCGGACAGCGCGUGGCGGCAGCUCUUCAACUGGCCGCGAUCCGACCCGGACGAUCGUCGGCUUUGGGGACUGGAGCUGCUCCGACUUUGGCGGCGUGAUCAAGAAGUCUCCGGGCGGCCCCUCCGAGCGGUUCAUGCGUGAGCUCUCGAACUGCCGGGUGGAGAUGGAGUCCGAGUACCGCACCAGCAAGGUGCACCACGGCUGCAGGCAGGCGCACCCCGGCGACCUCGUGAACCAGUACCAGCGCCAAGAGUGCCGAGACGGCGUUGUUCGCAAUCGCAAGAUUCACAGUGUACUCCAUUGUCUUCGCAACAAUGGCGGAUGCGGUAUUACUGUGAACCGCGAUGUGGACGCCUCUCGCAACAUUCUACGCGCCUUCGAGCUACGUCUGAGCGGGCAGCGACGCCCGCCAGAGCUAAGUCGCGAGGAGCCGCUUUCCUCGACUGCGAAGACGGUACCGCAGCAGCCUCCGAGGCUGAUAAUCCUGGCAAAAGAUUCCCCCUCGAAGAAGACGUGCGAAACGCGAGCCCAAGUAGCCGGCAAGACUCGGAACGGCAUAUCGGUGCUUGAUCGCAAACUCGGACCCCCGGCGGCUCGAGCCCAGUCUUCACCGUCGAGCUACGAAGAGCUGCUGAACGCCGAGCGCCGGCGCAUACAACUCGAGACCAAGGCGCUGCAAGAACGGAUGCGAGCCCUGCAGGCCGCUGAUUAA